CAUUACGCAAAGCAGGCGGAACAACUAUCUGGGCUGGAUCCGGAAGUCCGGGCGGAGCCUAGCUGCGUGGUCCUUGUCUGUCCGGCUUCGUUGUGCUCCUAGCAGCUCUUGGCGGUCCUUGCCGGAAGUGUAGGAAGAAAGUGGGCAGAUUUGAACACCUCUCUUUUCAAGCUUGUCUGAUCAUCAUGAUGAAGCUUAGACACAAAAACAAAAAACCAGGUAAAGGUUCCAAAGGCUGUAAGAAGCCUGCAAGGCAGAAUGGGAAGAAAGUAGCAUCCAGACCAUCGUCCGCUCCCCAGUUUGUUCAUGGCAAUGAUCAUGCCAGUCGGGAGGCCGAAUUAAAGAAGAAAAGGGUUGAGGAGAUGAGGGAGAAGCAGCAGGUUGCCCGGGAGCAAGAGAGACAAAGACACAGGACCAUUGAGAGCUAUUGUCAGGAUGUCCUGAAACGCCAGGAGGAGUUUGAACACAAGGAGGAAGUUUUGCAGGAAUUGAAUAUGUUUCCUCAGUUGGAUGAUGAGGCCACACGGAAGGCCUAUUACAAGGAGUUCCGUAAGGUGGUAGAGUACUCUGAUGUGAUUCUGGAAGUCCUGGAUGCUAGAGACCCAUUGGGCUGCCGCUGUUUCCAGAUGGAGGAGACUGUCCUUCGGGCAGAAGGCAACAAGAAGCUGGUCUUGGUCUUGAAUAAGAUUGACCUGGUUCCCAAGGAGAUUGUGGAAAAAUGGCUGGAUUACCUUCGCAAUGAGCUGCCAACUGUGGCUUUCAAGGCCAGCACCCAGCAUCAGGUCAAAAACUUGACUCGGUGUAAAGUUCCGGUAGACCAGGCUUCUGAGAAUCUGUUGAAAAGCAAAGCCUGUUUUGGAGCUGAAAACCUCAUGAGGGUCCUGGGGAAUUAUUGCCGCCUAGGGGAAGUGCGUACCCACAUUCGUGUGGGCGUCGUAGGCCUUCCCAAUGUGGGGAAGAGCAGUCUGAUCAACAGCCUGAAGCGCAGCCGUGCGUGUAGCGUGGGAGCUGUUCCUGGUGUCACAAAAUUCAUGCAGGAGGUCUACUUAGACAAGUUCAUCAGGCUCCUGGAUGCUCCAGGCAUUGUCCCAGGACCCAAUUCAGAGGUGGGCACCAUCCUGCGUAAUUGCGUCCAUGUGCAGAAGCUGGCAGACCCUGUGACCCCGGUGGAGACCAUCCUUCAGCGCUGCAACCUAGAGGAGAUUUCCAACUAUUAUGGAGUCUCUGGAUUCCAGACUACUGAGCACUUUUUGACUGCAGUGGCCCACCGCUUGGGAAAGAAGAAGAAGGGAGGUGUAUAUAGUCGAGAGCAGGCUGCCAAAGCUGUCCUGGCUGACUGGGUGAGUGGGAAGAUCAGCUUCUAUAUACCACCACCACCUACUCACACUCUGCCCACGCAUCUCAGUGCUGAGAUUGUUAAGGAGAUGACUGAGGUCUUUGAUAUUGAAGAUACUGAGCAGGCCAACGAAGACACCAUGGAAUGCUUGGCCGUGGGAGAAUCCGAUGAGCUGUUGGGUGACAUGGACCCACAAGAAAUGGAUGCCAAGUGGCUCCAUUCUCCGCUGGUGAAAAUAGCAGAUGCCAUUGAAAAUAAAACCACCGUAUAUAAGAUUGGAAACCUCACUGGGUAUUGUACCAAUCCAAACCGUCAACAGAUGGGGUGGGCUAAACGCAAUGUGGACCACCAUUGCCCCCAAAACAAUCGUACAGUGGAUGGCAGUUCAGUGGACCGCCGCCCAAUGUUGCAGAGGAUCCUGGAGACAGACCCACUUCAACAAGGCCAGGCUUUGGCAUCUGCCUUGAAGAAUAAGAAAAAAUUGCAGAAGCGUUCAGAUAAACUUGCCAAUAAGUUGUCUGACUCCAUGAUGUCUAUGCUCGACCUCUCUGGCAACUGUGACGACACUGCUGGUGACUGAUCAACCAAUCUUCUCCUCAUACUGCAAACACUGAUUCCCAUGGGAUGGGAGAAUACAGAUGGCAUUCGAUUCUCCCUGAUGUACCUACAUAUUAGAACACCCCCCAUACAAUGCAUCUUCUGCACGGUGCCCUCCAUUGUCAUCAGUUCAGAGUCUCAAAGGUCUGGAGCUGCCAAACCCCAAUGCCCUCCACUUAAUUCUUACUGUCUUUGAAAAUGACUUUUUGUUUGUUUUUGUGGUGCCAAGGAUUGAACCUAAUAGGUCCUCACACAUGUUAGACAAACAUUCUAUUACUAAGCUGUAUCAUUAUCAUCAUCACCAUCAUCCAUUACUAUCAUUGGAGAAAGAUUCUGCUUACUCAGCUUCCCAAGUAGUGGGAUUACAGGCUUUUGCCACCACUUCCAGCUCCCACAGUGUUUUAUAAGAUAAAAUAUCAGUAGAGUCUUAGCAUGGUAGCUACAUACCUGUAAUCCUGGAAUUAGGAUUGCAAGUUGUGGGACAACCUGGACUAUCAGGCAAGACCCUUUCUCAACAAAACAAACAAGUUAAUCUAAGCACGUAGAAGGCAGAGACAGGCAAAUCUCUGAGUUCUAGGCCAACCUGGUCCAGGGCUACACAGAGAAACUCUGUCCUGAAAAACCAAUAAGUAAAUAAAUAAAAUUGUAAUUGUUAAAAAUACAAAUAAGCCAAGCCCAAGUGCAAGCAAUGUACUCUUAAUUCCUGUGUCCCACCCUGUGGGUUAGGCUGAUAAGGGUUGACCUCUUGGACAGGUGAAUGUUCUAAAGGAAAGACUGCUGAGAAGCCUGGUGGCAGUGGUGGUGGGGUUGUCCUUGGACAGGUGAUCCUUUUUGUUUUUAUCACCCCACAAGACCUCAGUGUCUGGGCAUUUAAGGCUCUUGGCUAUGCAUUUUCCAAUCCAAUAGGUAGGUCUUCAUCUGGGUAGUGUAGGAAUAGAGAACCACAGUGGGGAGUCUUCUAUAUCUCUGGAAGUGUCUGGGGAUAGGGAAGAGGGCUGAAGAUUCUAGAAUGGGGUAUAUGUAUCAUAGGAAGUUUGAAAGUCAUUGGCUGCAGGAUGUUCAGACAGAGUUAGGUACUGGCUGAGCACAAACUAUGAGACUCCAAGAAUCAGUUUAUGUCCUUUAGCCUUCAAUACCUCCAUCCCUACCAGGAAAAGCUGACAGAGUGCUUACAACAACGUGAAAUGGUGUUGUGCUAGGUUUAAGACAAGUGUAAUUAAAAUCGUAUGCUAGCCUUUUGUUUUGUAAUGUAUUAUCUUCUCAACACUGGAUCACUGGUCAGACAUCUACCCUGUGGUGUUUUCUGUUGUCAGUCUUUCUAAAUGCAUCUUUAAAAACUGGUAGUAUUUUAUGAAAACUAUGCUUUUCAAGUCUCUUAAAUGAUGUUCAACUUAAUUCACUAAUGUCAUUGAAGUUUUGGUAGAUAAUAAUGUAUUAGAAAUAAAAGCAUCUAGACCCUUAGGGACACAAUCUAGCCAAAAUAAAAUAGAACUAAAAUAAUCAUGUCAUGAUAAGAGUUUCAGACUCUAACCAGGUUAUUCGCUCACACCAGUAAUCCCAGCACUCAGGAUGCUGAGGCAGGAAGAUGGCUGUGAAUCUGAGUCCAGCCUGGACUGCAGAGUAAGAGGCUGUCUCAAAGCAAAAUAUUAAUAAUACUCUAACUCUAAUGUAUCUUAAGGGAGUGUGUGUGUGCAUGCACAAAGGGUCUCCACAUGUAGCCCAGGGUAGUCUUGAACUCCUGAGCCUUUUGAUUAGCUUCCCAAGUGCUGGAACUACAGAAGUUUGCCAUCAUGCCUGGUUGGGUCUUAAUUCCUAAAGCAAUUUCUUAGAUCUUUAUUCUCCUUUUAAAAAAUAAUUUUCUAUAGUCAAUUUUAUCCUUUUUAAAUUUGAGUUCUCUAAGUUUGGACACUUGUUAACAGGCAUAGUCUUCGAUCAUUAUCAAGAUACAGAAUUUUUAGCCAGGCUUUGGUGGUGCAUGCCUUUAAUCCCAGCACUCCGGAGGCAGAGGCAGGUGGAUCUCUGAGUUUGAGUCCAGCCUGGUCUACAAAGUGAGUUCCUGGACAGCCAGAACUGUUAUACAGAGAAACCUUGUCUUGGAAAACAAACAAAACAAUAACAGAAAAAAAGUAUACAGAAUUUUUUGUGGCAUUCUCCCCAAACUUACCAUAUCUCCUUAUAAUAUAGCCCUGUCCCUAUCCUCAUAUCCUAGCAAGCACUGAUCUUUUUCCUGCUCCUUAUUGUGGACAUUAUAAGUCACACAGGAGCUUGCUUAAUGCCAUUAGGCUUUUGGUUUGUACUUUGAAACUUUAUAUUUGAGUAAAAUACAGUUUAUAAGCCCUGAUAAAUGGAUAAAGUUGAGUAUCAAGAACAGAAGGAUUCUAUUAGCCUCCCCCACCAUCUGCUGUGAUGUCAAAUCUAGUUGUCUCAACCUAACCCAUGCCAAUCACUGACGUGUGCUUUCACUUUCUGCCUUGUCUCUUGAAAAGAGUUGUAAGUGGAAUUGAACAGUAUGUAACUUUUGAGAAUAACUUGCUGUGAAUUAUAGAUUUGAGAUCUGUAUCACUGGGUGUAUCAAUAGUCCUAAUUUCUAUUUCAUACUUCAUUGUGUGGAUGUACUACUGCUUAUUCAAUCCCAAGUUGGAAGACAUCCUUUACAGUUGAGGAGGAAGUUAUGAAUAAAGCUGCUAUAAGAACUUGA